UGGAGAAAAGAAGAGAAAAAGAACACCCCUAUUACCUUGUUAUCCCAUCCAGGACGGCAAUGACUUUAGGCACCCUCUACGUUCCUAUAGACAAAUCUUGCUUAAUUCAUGGUCAUUUAUAUCUCUCACAUGUAUCAAACUCCAGCUUCACUUGGUCCUAGCCAGAAUCAUGCUUGACCGCCGGUACGGAGUUGCCGGAGAACAGAUUUCUUCAUUCAAUCCGGCCUACAAGAUUCAUAAUGAUUGUGACGGAACAGGAGAUAUUGAAUUUGAUUUCUGGAGUGAGCGUGAAGCCUGGUAUUACAACAGCAACAACUUGGAUGAUGUUGAUGUUGAUGGCAGUGAAGUUGAGUUCCAAGUUGAAGCAGCAUGCGAUGGGGAUAGUCCCUCGCCUUUAUGGGGAGCUAAUAAGGUGAGUGAUGCUUCUCCUCUUCUUCCCAACAACCACUUUUACAGUUAUCUUUCUCCUACAAGACGGAGACAAAUGAUCGAAGAAGGUAGGAAAGAACUAAUGGAGAUGAUCCGUAACAUGCCUGAGUCUAGCUACGAGCUUUCGUUGAAAGAUUUAGUUGAUAAGCAAAAUUCAUCGGAGACGGUCAAAGAGAAAGUUGUUUUAGAAGGCAAAAGCUUUCGUUUGGAAACAGAGAUUCGUACCAAGAAAAGAACGGCAAACGCAAAGGCUGGUUCAUUAUCCAGAACUGCUAGCAUGGAAACUGAUAAGCUCUUGUUAAAGAUGUUUUUCCCAAGCCGUUUGAGCUUCAAGAAGAAAUCAAUGGCUGAAAAUAGCUCCAAGGUUUCCCCAAGUCCAUCAUGUGAGGGAUCCGAGAAGCCGGUCGAUAAGCAGUGGUGGAUUAAAAAGAUUUUCAUCCAAAGGGAUCAUAAGAACAAAGAAGAUAGCUGCAAGAACAGCAGCAAAAGCAGGGAUGCAAAAGGAAGCUCCUUGCCUGGUUGCUGGCCAUUCUUCUUUUGCAAGAAAAGAUGAGCAAAAAGGCAAGAGAUAGGGAGAUAUUUCAUCACCUGACAGAGAUAACAGAAGAAGCAAAAGCAGACAGUUUUAAUACAGUGAUGGCAUUAGUCUCAUCCAGACACCCCAUCUGUAAGAUCUAAGAAAUUGAGAUGAAAAGCUGAGAUUUCUAAAACAGGAGUUUACCCCUUUUGUUGUUUGUGUAGCCUGAAAACAGGUCUAAUAAAACAGAAUUUUAUUGAA